AUGUUUGCAUUUCCCUUGAUUAUGCAACUGACUCUAAUAUUGUACCAGAAGCAAACACAUCCAGAGCUUAGUUGGAUUCAUACGAGCAGAACAAUCAUACCGAUCGUGCUUGGUAACCAGUUAAACAAUUGCUUCUUUGGAGGCAUUGUGAUAGCCCAGGGACUGUUCAUGCAAAUAAACAAGCUACUGCGUGAGAUGCUCCACGAGGUCAAUAGAAUGCAAACACCAUUGGGAAUGCUCCUGCUCAAAAAAUAUUACCGCAUGCAACGCUUCUGUGAGCUGGCCGAUCAACUGGAUGAGCUGGCCAACAAGUAUACGCUUAUAGCCAAUUACUCGAAGGAAUAUUUGGUACUGACAUCAUUUUCUCUGGUCAUAUCGAUGGCGAUUAACCUGUUCAGUACGACACUUGGUUGUUACAUGCAAUAUCAAGCUGUUGCCAAUUUCAUUACAAUUGAAGAGACUUAUGACGUAUCUCGAGCAUUGGCCCACUUUGUGUUCCUACUGAUUCCAUUUUUCGAAAUUGUUUUAGUAGCUCGCGUAAGUCAACAGGAACUUAACGAAGCCAAGGAAGCAGGCAAUUUGCUGCAACAAAUGAAUUUGGAGCACGCUGAUGUACGCUUCAAACAAGUAGUGGACGCAUUCUGGCUGAAAGUGUGUACAAUCAAUCUAAAAUUGAUACCCUUGGGUCUUCUCGAAUUGGACGGUUUGGGACCGUAA